AUGGCGGAGGAGGAAGAGCGCAGCCCGAAUGAGCCCCACGAGCCGAUCGAUGAGGACGAUGAUGAUGCUGCCGGAACCAUACAGGAGAUCAUGGACACCCCUACACCGAGAAGAUCUCGAACAAGAACCCGAUCCCCUGUGGCAGAGAGAUCCUCCUCAGCGAAAGAGAGUGGAAGCGUUGCCAAGGCAAAUGACUCAGGCACCGUGGCGAUAGCCAAGGCCGGUACGGAGGCGACAGCGAGUGGGCCACCGGUGCUGCCAAAGUCUAUGGCGUCUAUGGGAGCGAUUCCGGGAAAACCAGCCGGACCCCCACCACCGACACCGGCAAACCCGCCAUGUAUGGGGGGAGGAGGCAGACCGCCGCUGGCAGUGGGAGGGCCGCCGCCACCCACUCCGGUAAAAACUGCCAGUAUGGUGCUGCAGCAAGGGAUCUACACCGUGGUCUGGGAUCCCAACACUUGCGAGUACCCCGGCGGCAUGGGACUAAUUAGCCAAUGUCUGUGCCUUCAGCUCUAG